GGUAGGCCCGGCAGGACAAUGGCGGCGGCCUCGGCAACGGCGGCCUCGAGUCCCGUGUCGGGGCCUGGAACCGUCGUCGGAGGCAGCGGGCCCGGUUCGGCUUCUUCGUCCUCGUCGUCGUCGUCGUCGUUUUCUUCCGCCGGCCCUUUGUCGCUUUCCCGCCGGAAAGACGGAGGCCCAGCCGGGAAAUUUUGGGAAAGCGCCGACACGGCUUCGCAGUUGGAAGCCACCCGCGCUUGGCUGGCUAAGCAUUACAAGAAGUAUGUCCAGGCUGACGCACCGACCAAUAAGACCCUGGCUGGGCUAGUUUCCCAAUUGCUGCAGUUCCAGGAAGAUGCCUUCGGAAAACAUGUGGCCAAUCCUGCCUUUACCAAGUUUCCGGCCAAGUGCUUCUUGGAUUUCAAAGCUGGAGGAACGUUGUGUUACAUCCUCGGUGCCGCUUACAAAUACAAGAACGAGCAAGGAUGGAGGAGAUUUGACUUGCAAAACCCUUCGCGGAUGGACCGAAAUGUGGAAAUGUUCAUGAACAUUGAAAAAACUUUAGUGCAGAAUAACUAUCUGAGCAGACCAAGCAUCUACCUCAUUCCGGACAUCGAGCUGAAAGUGGCUAACAAGCUCAAAGACAUUGUCAAACGCCAUCAGGGGACCAUCACAGACGACAAGUCGAAAGCCACACAUCAUAUAUACCCUGUUCCUACCUCACUGGAUGAAGAUGAGUGGCUGAGACCAGUGAUGAGAAAAGACAAGCAAGUCCUGGUGCAUUGGGGUUAUUACCCAGACAGCUACGACACCUGGGUCCAUGCGAGUGAAGUCGAAGCAGAGAUCGAAGAGCCUCCGAUUCCUGAAAAGCCUUGGAAGGUCUACGCCCGAUGGAUUCUGGACAUGGACAUCUUCAACGAAUGGAUGAACGAAGAAGACUACGAGGUUGAUGAGAACAAGAAGCCGGUCAGCUUUCGACAACGGAUCUACCUGAGAAACGAAGAGCCGGUCCGUAGCCCCGAACGGCGAGAUAGGAAGGCAGCUGCUGGGACCCGGAAGAGGAAGGCCUCUCCUUCGCCCCCACCACCUCCCACCCCGGUGGAAUCCAGGAAGAAAGUUGGCAAGAAGGGACAAGCCAGCCUCUACGGGAAGCGACGUGGUCAGAAGGAAGAGGAGGAGCAGGACGAUCUGACCAAGGACAUGGAGGACCCCAUACCGGUGCCGAAUGUUGAAGAGGUGGCCCUUCCCAAAAACGUCAAUCCGAAGAAGGACAGCGAAAACACGCCGGUCAAAGGAGGCACUGUUGCGGAUCUUGAUGAACAAGACGAAGAGACAAUGACGGCUGGAGCGAAGGAAGACGAAGAUCCCAACAAAGGGGACCAGGGACGAUCCCUCGACACUGGAGAAGACAAUGUCACCGAACAGACCAACCACAUCAUCAUCCCCAGCUAUGCCUCCUGGUUCGACUACAAUUGCAUCCAUGUCAUCGAACGCCGGGCACUUCCUGAAUUCUUCAACGGGAAAAACAAAUCCAAGACUCCGGAAAUAUACUUAGCAUACCGCAAUUUCAUGAUUGACACCUACCGCUUGAACCCUCAAGAAUAUUUGACCAGCACGGCCUGCCGAAGAAACUUGACCGGCGACGUUUGUGCUGUCAUGAGAGUCCACGCCUUUCUGGAGCAGUGGGGGCUGAUCAAUUACCAAGUGGAUCCGGAAAGCCGACCUAUGGCCAUGGGACCCCCGCCCACCCCCCACUUCAACGUGCUGGCAGACACCCCUUCGGGACUCAUGCCGCUCCACCUGCGGACCGCUCAGAUUCCAUCUUCCCAACAAAUGCUGAACUUUCCGGAGAAAAACAAGGAAAAGCCCACUGAUUUGCAGAAUUUUGGCCUCCGCACGGACAUCUACUCCAAGAAAACCUUGGCCAAGAGCAAAAGCGCCAACGCUGGCCGAGAAUGGACGGAACAAGAGACUCUGCUUCUGCUCGAGGCGUUGGAGAUGUACAAGGACGAUUGGAAUAAAGUCUCCGAGCACGUUGGGAGUCGAACCCAGGACGAGUGCAUCCUCCAUUUUCUCAGGCUUCCCAUUGAAGACCCUUACCUGGAGAAUUCGGAUGCCUCCCUCGGACCCUUGGCCUACCAGCCCGUCCCGUUCAGCCAAUCCGGCAAUCCGGUGAUGAGCACCGUGGCUUUCCUGGCCUCGGUGGUGGAUCCUCGGGUGGCUUCAGCUGCCGCCAAAGCUGCUUUAGAGGAAUUUUCCCGCGUCCGAGAAGAAGUCCCUCUGGAGUUGGUGGAGGCCCACAUCAGGAAGGUCCAAGAAGCUGCCCGGGCUUCGGGGAAAGUGGAUCCCACUUAUGGGCUUGAGAGUAGCUGCAUCGCUGGAACAGCCCCCGACGAGCCGGAGAAAAUGGAUGGAACUCAAGAGGACAAGAUGGAGACAGACACGGACGGCGCACAAACAGACAAAGUUAAGGUCGAAAGCAAAGGAGAGAAUGAAAUAGACACAAACAAGUUACCAGAAGGAGACGAUGAGAGAAUUGCCGAAAAGGAGCAAGAUAGCGAUGUGUCUCAAGAUUCGAAGCAAGACGAUAAGGACGCCGAUGACAACAAGGAGAACUUCGACGUCGGCAAAGAGAAGGAAGGCAGUGGCGGGAAGCGGCGUGCCGAGCACGAACUCUCCGAAGGGAACGUCGCCACGGCCGCAGCUGCCGCACUGGCUUCAGCCGCCACCAAAGCCAAGCAUCUGGCCGCCGUCGAGGAACGGAAGAUCAAAUCUCUGGUGGCUCUCCUGGUGGAAACACAGAUGAAGAAACUGGAGAUCAAACUUCGUCAUUUUGAAGAGCUGGAAACCAUCAUGGAUCGAGAGAAAGAAGCGCUGGAGCAGCAAAGACAGCAGCUGCUCACCGAGCGUCAAAACUUCCACAUGGAGCAGCUGAAAUAUGCCGAACUCCGAGCCCGGCAACAAUUAGAACAGCAGCAGCAACAACAGAACCAGAACGCACAACAAUCGCACCAGCACGCCAGUGGUCCGGGCAUGAAUCCUCUGGGGACAACCUUGUCAUCUCACCAGCAGCCUCCCCCUUAUCCCAUGAUGCAUCACCAGAUGCCCCCGCCUCACCCUCCUCAACCAGGUCCAAUCCUCGGACAGGGCUCCAUGAUGCCUGGACAGCCCCUGCCAGGCCGUAUCAUGCCAACUGGAACCACCAACGCCCCGUCGGCCACCAGCACCAACAUCCCUCCAUCUGGGACAGGAAACAUCAUUGGGCCCCGGGGACAACUGGCCUCUCCAAACGGCUUGUAUCCUCAGCCGCCGCCUCCUCCUCCUCCAGCCGACGGGGCAACACCGCCUCCCGCAGGACCCAUCCCCGCUUCCACAGCUCCCUGAAUACGUCCUCAACCAGGACCUUCUCAAACUCUGGAAGAUGCAGCCAACACCAUCGUUCCUCCAUGUUCUGCUCCUUUUCCUCCCAGCUUGUCUUCCCACCCCAAUGCGUCAUUCGACUCACAACGCCCAUAGUUUCAGGAUAGGGGUGGCAGUAACCCUUUGGGUGGUGCUUCUGACCCAGAGCUGGUUCAUCUUGGUUCUUCAGUCUCCUGGCCAUCAAGGGCAUCAUCAAAAGAAUUGGCAGGGAUCUGCUGAGAUUGAGGGGGGCUGAGCCAGUGGGUCAGGCCAAGAGCCAAGAUGGACCAGCUCAGUUCUGUGAACCAGAGGGGAGGAAGGAAGGGUUCCCCAUAGCUUAGAGUUCAAGGUGACAAUUCUUCUGGGAGAUGUCUCCAUCUCUUCCUCCUGGACGAAGUUCUUCAGAACAUCGUUCUUCCUCCUGGACGAAGUUCUUCAGAACAUCGUUCUUCCUCCUGGACGAAGUUCUCCAGAACAUCGCUGUUCCUCCUUCACACCUUCUUGAACCUAGGGGGGGGACACACUCCAUUCUCCACUCCCCACAAUGUCAGUGUAGUAGCCCAAGGAGACCUCCCUUCCCCUUCCAGCCCCUUCCCCACCUUUCUGUGGCUCCUCCCCCUGCAGCCCACCCACCCAACUGCUACCAUCGUCCUCCACCGUCAUCAGUUCUCAAAACUACCUCUUAGAAAACAGCUGCACUGGUGGGCAAGCCAGCAAGCUGGGACCCUCUUUGGGGUCCUGAAAUCCCCCUCCCAUCUUUCAUAGAAACACCCCCAACCCGUACAGUACCCCAAAGCCCCUGCUUACCUUUGCCUGCCACUCUUCGACCCACCCUUUAGAAAUAGGGCCACUGGCUUUGGAUCAGGCCUGGACACUCACAGCCGCACCUGGUUUUCUUCCAGCCUUACAGGUGCCUCGCCAGAGAAAGCGGGGGGCUGUCCGGGAUGCCGAAGCCGGCCAUGGCCCCAUAAACACACACCACCCCUUUCGACACCCCAAAUUUCAAGAAGUUUUUUUGAACCAAGCUUGUCCCGCAAAACGGUGCAUCGUUUCUAACUACAUUUCGGGGCCUGGGGGAGGCGUACAGGCCCCCCAAAUCUGCUUCACCACAAUCCCAUCCCCACCCCAGAUGUGAAGAAUACAACAGUUGUGUAGGGUAACAAUUGCGGGUCUCCCACCUCUUAUUUGGGGAAGAUCUUGUCCCCUUCUCAAUACGCACCCAGAAAAGAGGUCCCUUUCUAUUCCCAUCCCCCGCGCAGCCCUCCCACCACCACCCCUUCCCUCGGGAGCACCAUGGGAUUUGUGAUUCUCAACAUAGGUCCUUUUUGAUGGAGUCCUUUUUUUAGCAAGAUCUCCUUUGGAUUGUAAAAGAUUUGCAAAAUGGAGAAUUUUUCUCUCUUUCUCUCUUUCUUUUUUUUUAAACUCGAUUAGUGACCGGAUCCUGUCGCUUACGUAUGUGUGACAAAUUAUUAACACGACGGUGUUUCGGUACGCAUGAGAAAGCGGAGAUGUUUGGGGGGUGGGGGUUUUUUUGGCUCCAAUUUGGGGAUGGGGACAUCAGUUCUUGCAGCAUAAAUUUCUCGAUUUUUGUGACACUGAAAAUAAAAACAUGGGGUUUUUUUUAAACAA